AUGGACAAUACUCUCGACCAGACAACACUUGGGACCAUCUCCUUGCUGGAGUCGCGCGUCCAGCGGAUUGAGCAUAUUAUCUAUGGCUCGGCCGGCCCAACAACGCAUCAACCACAGGACUCCGCCGUGAGGUCCCUUGCUGAACUUGAGCGCCGCUUCAACCAGCUCCAGCGCCACUUUCGCGUCUAUCGCGAGAUCCUACAAAUAUACGAAUCCCACCCUUCUCUUUUCCAAGGCGCCUCCGCGACGACCUCCCCCAACGCCCUCCCGCCCACCCAACUCUCCCCCGAAGCCGUGUGCGAGACCGUCCUCGCGUACGCCACCGCCUUCCCCACUAUCGCCUCCUCCUUAACCGCCGCGACCGCCGACACGCCGAUUCCCGACGCGAAGCAGAGCGCCGACCUGGCCGUCCUAGGCCCUCGCAUGCGCGGCAUCGAGGCCCUGCAGCACGCGCAAGCUGCCGAGAUGUCAGAGCUGAGGAUACGCAGUGAGAAGGCGGUGCGUGCGUGGUACGAGGGUGGAGUGUUGAGCUAUGGGGCCACGCUCGCGAAAAUGGAAGGGAGACUAGAGCAGGUGGAUCGCGGGAUAAGGCGUGUGGAGAGGAGGCGGACGGAAGGGGAGAAGGUGUGA